UUUAGAUUGUGAAUAGAACUCAUAUUUCUUUCUUUCUUUCUUUCUUUCUUUUUUUCUUUUAUGGGAGAAUGAAAGAAGCCUGAAUCGGGAUGAUUCUUUAUUUCAGGUAAGCUAAUAAAAAAGUAGAAUACCAAUUUUAGAUUGUGAAUAGAACUCAUAAUUAAACAUUUUUCUUUUUAAAACUUAUUCAUUGAAACAACAAACUGCAACAUUUGAAUGGAGGAGGAAAGAGAAAUGUAGAAUACCAAUUUUAGAUUGUGAAUAGAACUCAUAUUUCUUUCUUUCUUUCUUUCUUUCUUUUUUUCUUUUAUGGGAGAAUGAAAGAAGCCUGAAUCGGGAUGAUUCUUUAUUUCAGGUAAGCUAAUAAAAAAGUAGAAUACCAAUUUUAGAUUGUGAAUAGAACUCAUAAUUAAACAUUUUUCUUUUUAAAACUUAUUCAUUGAAACAACAAACUGCAACAUUUGAAUGGAGGAAAGAGAAAUGUAGAAUACCAAUUUUAGAUUGUGAAUAGAACUCAUAUUUCUUUCUUUCUUUCUUUCUUUCUUUUUUUCUUUUAUGGGAGAAUGAAAGAAGCCUGAAUCGGGAUGAUUCUUUAUUUCAGGUAAGCUAAUAAAAAAGUAGAAUACCAAUUUUAGAUUGUGAAUAGAACUCAUAAUUAAACAUUUUUCUUUUUAAAACUUAUUCAUUGAAACAACAAACUGCAACAUUUGAAUGGAGGAGGAAAGAGAAAAAAGUAGAAUACCAAUUUUAGAUUGUGAAUAGAACUCAUAUUUCUUUCUUUCUUUCUUUCUUUCUUUUUUUCUUUUAUGGGAGAAUGAAAGAAGCCUGAAUCGGGAUGAUUCUUUAUUUCAGGUAAGCUAAUAAAAAAGUAGAAUACCAAUUUUAGAUUGUGAAUAGAACUCAUAAUUAAACAUUUUUCUUUUUAAAACUUAUUCAUUAAAACAACAAACUGCAACAUUUGAAUGGAGGAAAGAGAAAUGUAGAAUACCAAUUUUAGAUUGUGAAUAGAACUCAUAUUUCUUUCUUUCUUUCUUUCUUUCUUUUUUUCUUUUAUGGGAGAAUGAAAGAAGCCUGAAUCGGGAUGAUUCUUUAUUUCAGGUAAGCUAAUAAAAAAGUAGAAUACCAAUUUUAGAUUGUGAAUAGAACUCAUAAUUAAACAUUUUUCUUUUUAAAACUUAUUCAUUGAAACAACAAACUGCAACAUUUGAAUGGAGGAGGAAAGAGAAAUGUAGAAUACCAAUUUUAGAUUGUGAAUAGAACUCAUAUUUCUUUCUUUCUUUCUUUCUUUUUUUCUUUUAUGGGAGAAUGAAAGAAGCCUGAAUCGGGAUGAUUCUUUAUUUCAGGUGAGCUAAUAAAAAAGUAGAAUACCAAUUUUAGAUUGUGAAUAGAACUCAUAAUUAAACAUUUUUCUUUUUAAAACUUAUUCAUUGAAACAACAAACUGCAACAUUUGAAUGGAGGAGGAAAGAGAAAUGUAGAAUACCAAUUUUAGAUUGUGAAUAGAACUCAUAUUUCUUUCUUUCUUUCUUUCUUUUUUUCUUUCAUGCGAGAAUGAAAGAGGCCUGAAUCGGGAUGAUUCUUUAUUUCAGAGACACAAAAAGAGUGACGCUGAGAGAGGAGGACAUGACGGUGGAAAAGAUUUCUAAAAUAUUUCAGGUAACCAGCCAGAGCCUGUACCUCACUGACGAUACCAAUGUGGCAGUUUUCCCUGGAGUAGAGGGCCUCUUCAGUUCAUUCGACCUCAAGGACAAGGCUCAUUACGAAGUACACGGGGCCGGGGCUGAGCUGGAUUCAGGUGUUAACAUUGCUGCAGGGGCAUUACCUACUCCUUCCACAAGUGGCCAGUUUCGCUUCUCCAGGUUGGCUAGCUCAGCAAGCCCCUCAGUGCCACCCAGGGCUCAAUCCAUGAAAUACUUUACAAGGACUGUCAGUUUGGGAGAAGUACGGAGUGGAAAGCUUGUGAACAGCAGAAUGGUGGUUGUAAGAUUUACUGAGCAGGAGGCCAGUGUCCCAUCCAUGAUUGCCAAAGUAAAAGAUGCCUUAGGAAGCACUGAACAACUCAUUCUGACAGACCACAAUGGAGUGGAAAUAUUGGACUCAGAAGGAACAAGAGGCACCUUUUAUUGGAAGCAGAACGCGCGAAAAAUUAUGGCUAUACCAGAGGUUGAUUUCCAAGCUGUGCAACAAAAGAGGCGAAGAAUCUCACACAGAGAUGAUGAGGCUGGACUGGACAGUGUGUUCGAGAAGAUCGAGGAGCUUGUCCUGGCUGCUCAGGGUUUGUCUGAGGUGACAACUGCCAUUCAGGGACUCUCUGAUCUGGUCCAUCGAAAUAGAAACACAACAUUGGUACUGACUGAAGAACAGUCCAGGAAUGUUAGGGAUACAUUCACUUGUCUGGUUUGCAGAGGAAUCAUGGACGAUCCAGUAUUUGCGGCAUGCUGUGGAAGUUUGGUUGGAUGCAGAUCCUGCACUACUGUGUGGCUUCAGACUUCCUCAAUGUGUUUGAAGUGUCGAGCAGAUAAUUUUUCGAUCAACAUUCACAGAGUCACUGGCCUUUCUGGUGUCGUAAAUGUCAUGAAAGAGCUGGCACACGAAGAGUAAAUGCUGCUUUUCUUGCCAUUAAUCCUUCCUUAUCAUGUUAUAUCAUGUUAUAAAUAUUUUUGAUAUUGAGGAUUGUUGUUUUAUAUGUUGCAUCAAUGUUCUUAGCUCUGGAGUUUUAAGAGCUAAAAUGUUACAAUGUUUUAUGUUACAUCAUUGUUCCCACCUCACAGUAGUUUUAUAAGAGCUAGUAGGCCUACAGUAACUGUGGCAAGAUGUUUUUAUUCUACAUCAUUGUUCACAGUCCACAGUGAUUUAAUAAGAGCUACUAGGCCUAAACGUGGCAAUGUGUUGUGACAGGCUGUUCUGUGGCGAUCUGCAAAGCUUGUCUUACUUUGUUUACACAAUGU